AUGCCAUCUGCUUGGGGCAUCAGCAUGGACGAUUUUCUUCGCUGGAAUCCUUCACUCACCAUAGACUGUGGGAAAUUCCAGAAAGAUCACUCAUACUGUGUUGAAGCAUUUGGAGAGCCGGAGGAGCCAGAGCCAACCAGCAUGACAACAACGUCUGCUGGACAACCGGGCCCGACUCAGCCAGGCCAGAUAGCGACAUGCAAUAGAUGGGACAUGGUCAAAGAUGGCGAUACGUGCAAUACAUUCACACAGAAGUAUGCAGGCCUCACUCGACAGAAUUUGGUCGACUGGAACACCGAGAUUGGAGAUAGGUGUCAGUACUUAUGGGCCGAUUAUUAUAUCUGCACGGGAGUUGAUGGAUGGAAGCCCACAGACACCAUCACAAGUGGCACACCAACUUCGACCAAUGGUAUCGCAACUCCAAGCCCUACCCAGCCUGGAAUGGUAAAUAACUGCGAUGCAUUCUACAUCGUCAAGGAUGGAGAUGACUGCGUGUCAAUUGCGACCAAAAAUGGAAUUACUAAGGCACGGUUUUUGGAAUGGAAUACCGGCGUUGGUGCAGGUUGUUCAUCUCUCUGGCUGGACUAUUAUGUUUGCGUUUCUACCAUCGGUCACAUUCCUUCAAAUACCAUCUCAACGCCCACCACAGCAACCCCGACAAAUGGUGUCGUGACUCCAACGCCCACCCGUCCAGGAAUAGUCGGCAACUGUGAUUCUUUCCACUUGGUUGUCGACCGCGAUACUUGUAGCGGCAUCGCACGUUCUGCGGGUAUCUCGCUUGCACAGCUUGUUGAAUACAACCCCGAAAUCAAAUCAGAUUGCUCUGGUCUCUGGGCUGAUUAUUAUAUUUGUGUUUCCAUCAUUGGUGUUGGCCCGACCGCUACUACGACCAAGCCCACGUCCCCAACUAAUGGAGUCACCACUCCAACUCCAAUCCGUCCAGGUAUGGUAGACAACUGCGACGCGUUCCACAUGGUCGUUGAUGGAGAUGAAUGUGAAACUAUCGCACACAGUUACGGUAUCUCAAUGUCCCAGCUUACUCAAUGGAACCCCGAGAUCAAAGCCGAUUGCUCUGGCCUAUGGACAGGCUACUUCGCCUGCGUUUCGACGGCCGGCGUCGAUUCCAAACUAGUAGCAACCACAACCACAACAACCGCCGGAAAUGGCAUCGCAACCCCUACCCCCACGCGAGCGGAAAUGACAGGAAACUGCGAUAGUUUCUAUAUGGUCAAAUCGGGUGAUGAGUGUGGAAAGAUUGCUUCGGACCAUGGUAUUACGACAGACCAGUUGUAUAAGUGGAACACAGAAAUCGGAUCCACGUGCGGCGGUCUCUGGCCCGACUAUUACAUUUGCGUUAGCAUUGUUGGGAUUGAUCCAAAGCCUUCCAUCACUACACUACGAAGGGUAAUGGAGUUGCCACUCCUACUCCCAUUCAAAAUGGCAUGGUUGAAAAUUGCAAAAAGUUCCAUAAGGUCGUGA